AUGGCAAGCAGCUCCGAAGCCCCAAAGCCGGAGCAGGAGACGCAAACCGACCGGGCGGAGGAGCCUCAACGCGAGGACCCAAAGUCGGAUCCUCCACCCAAGGAUCGAACCUUCAGCCAGAGGGAGCUCUAUCAGGCAGGUCGGCGCAUCAACGAGGGCAGCAACAAGGUGAAGCAGGGCCUGGGUGCGACCUUGGCGUUGGGUGGCACGGGCAUUCUCGUGUGGCACCACUGGGCAGCCCUUGCCACCUUCAACUGCCUCGGUGCUGGGCUACUUGCCCUGGGGGCGGCUCUGGCCCGUGCAGGGGGCUCCGGUCGGGGCGAGAAGCCUGGCCAG